UAGGUCACGUGAACCGCGCAAAGCGAGUCCUCUCCAUCUAGAGCCUUCUCAACAUGGCUUUUGUUAGCAAGGCUGUCUCGGUCUCCUCCCUGCUGCUGUGCUGGCUUUCCUUCUGGCAGAGCAGCAGCGCUCUGCACACCAAGGGCUCCCUGCCCCUGGAUGGCAUCACCUUCUACAAGGUAAUUCCAAAGAAUAAGUAUGUCCUGGUGAAAUUUGACACCCAAUAUCCUUACGGUGAGAAGCAAGAUGAAUUUAAAAAACUGGCAGAAAGCUCAGCUUCCAGCAAAGACCUGCUCAUAGCUGAAGUGGGAAUAUCAGAUUAUGGUGAUAAACUGAAUACAGAGCUGGGUGAGAAAUAUAAAUUGGAUAAGGACAACUAUCCUAUUUUUUACUUGUUCCAGGAUGGGGACUUUGACAAUCCCUUACUUUAUAGUGGCCAAAUAAAAGCCAGUUCUAUUCAGCGUUGGCUGAAGAGUAAAGGCAUCUAUCUGGGGAUGCCAGGCUGCCUACAAGAAUAUGACAUCCUGGCAGGUAAAUUUGUGGGCACCACUAAAGAGUCAGAGCGUCAAGCUCUUCUCAAACAAGGGCAGGAGAGCUUAGCAAAAGCCAAGGAAACAGAGAAAAAACGGGCUGAACAGUACUUGAAAAUCAUGAGUAAAAUCCUGGAGCAAGGAGAGGAGUUUGCUGCUAAUGAAGUUGUCCGGAUUACAAAAUUGCUUGAGAAGAACAAAAUGAGUGAUGGGAAGAAGGAGGAGCUUCAGAAAAGCCUAAACAUCCUUGCCUCUUUUCAAAAGAAGAGUAGUGAAAAAGAAGAGCUUUAACAGUCUGGAAAACUUUUACAAGCUGUGAAAUACUGGCACAAAGUUCUAUCCAGUUCUCCUUAUGCAAGCAAACUUUCCUUUGACCUCCAGAGAACAGCAGAAUUCCUUCUAGUGUGCUUGGUGCUUUAGAAAACUCAGAGAAAAGGCAUGUCGUCUUUAAAAAAAAAGACAGUAUUCUGUAGUACGGAUUCAAACAAUCACCUCUUGAAUUGAAAUUUCUGUGUAUUAGUUGAUAAAUACUAUUAUACACAAAAAUAAUUAAAAACAGACUUCAGUUUGCCAAGUCAAGCACUCAAAGACUUAGGAAAUUACAUGAUUAAGGUUGCCUCUAUAGAACUGUCCUUCCACUGCACUGAACAGGGUAGAGAUCCUGUGGAAAGAAAUAGUGUGAUCAUGUAAUUAAAGACUAUAUCUUAAUGCGCAUGCAUAAUGAGGCUGAACUCAGGCAACCUGAAUUCUGGUGUUUCCUAACUUGUGAGUCUUUGACUUUGCAAUCUUAAUAAUCUUUUAACAUAUUUUGUGUGUGUGUAAUUUUCUAGUUUA